AUGGGAUAUACAAAUGUUAAGGAGGUGUGGUAUUCCCUGGGUGGUUUUGUAUUAGAAGCUAGGUUGGAAUUGUUAAGUGAUGACAUAUGUGCAAUGCAUGUGGUGAGCAUUGCGAUAUUGAAUGGUCAAGCUCAUUUAUUUGUGGUUCACAUGGUGUCCGAACCUGAUUAUAUUCAUAUGUUGCAAUAUCAUGGUGAAGAUGAAGAUCACGAUGAUGAGGUUGGUGAGGAGGGUGAAGGUAAAGUUUGUGAAGAUGGUGAAGAUAAAGUUGGUGAAGAGGGUGAAGAAGAAGUUGGUGAAGAUGGACGAGGUGAAGUUGCUAAUGUUGGUGAACAUAAAAGUGAUGAGGUUGAUGAGGUGGGUAAGGAUGGUGAAGGUAAAGUGGCUGAACAUGGUGAAGAUCAAGUUGGUGAAGAUGGUGAAGAAGAACUUGUUGGGGAUGGAGAUAAAGUUGCUGAAGUUGGUGAACAUGAUGAACAUGAGGUCGAUGACGUUGGUGAGGAUGGUGAAGGUAAACUGGCUGAACAUGAUGAACAUAAAGUUGGUGAAGAUGGUCAAGAAGAAGAUGGUGAAGAUGAUGAUGGUUUUUGUUAUGAAGGGGAUGGUGAGGAUGAUGUUGGUGGUGGUGUAGGGGAUGGUGAGGAUGAUGUUAGUGGUGGUGUACGAGAUGGACAGGAUGAUGUGGGUGUUGGUGUAGGGGAUGAACAUGAUGAGUUUGAUGUUAGUAGUUGGAUAGGUUCUGAUGAAGACGCUUCUGUCAAUGAAGAUGAUUUUGUGGAUGUUAGAGUGCAUGGAGAUGAACAACCCCAAGAAGAGCACUACGAAGGUAGUUUGUUUGUUGAAGUAGGUACAAGAAGUGGAUGUACUACUCCAAAUAAGCAUGUAUAG